CGCUUCUGGUCCCUUGGAAUACCGCGUGGACCGCAUCCGCAGCCCAGCGGCAGGGGCGCACGCUCCCUGCUCGACACCGAAGAACAACUCCAUCGGCGACACUCCCUCCUCACUUCUUUACUCGUUUCCGUUACCAUUGCCACUGGCUGCAUGUGCCGGCGCGACUGUGGCCCUCUCUAUUUGAACUUUGAAUCCAUGGAGUCUAUUGCAUAGUAUACUGAAUGCUAUACAUCAUGAUGAACAUGGCCUCAAGCUAGGGCGGGUUCCGUUUCUCUUUCCUUCUUUUCUUUUUUGACCAGCAUGAGGACUGAACUCAAUGGAGAGGAAUGCAUCACGUAGUAGUACUCCAGUAUUGAAGUGAUUCGGAUACAGUUGUUGCCUCUUUGGCUUCUCGAGGCUCUUCUCCUCUCCUCAUCUUGUUGGUGAAUCUUAAUUUUGCUAUGCUUUGGUUAAUAAAUAGUACUGCCUCUCAGCAGAAAUCUGGUCAUACACCGAGCUGUUCUCGAAUCUGGUCAUCCACCAAUAAGGGAGUGGAAGCAUAAGAGGAAGAUUGGAGAAGAUGGCUAUGGUGUGGUGGAUGGCGCUCAAGAAGUCCCUGAACUGCAAGUCCAAGGAUUCUUGCGAUGUGAUCAAGCGGGACGACUCGCGCGGCGGCAGCACCAGGAGCAUCAAGAAGUCGUUUUUGCGGCCGUCGUCGUCGUCGUUGUCGUCGUUGUCGUCGUCGCUGCUGCGGAGGUCGGGAUGCUCGCGGUCCGUCUCCAACCUGCGGGACGUGAUCCACAGCCAGUACGGCAGCAGCCGGCGGCAGGAGCGGCAGCCGGACGUGCCCAGCGGCUGUGAAAGCCCGAGGUCGAUCGGGAGCAACGACGUCCAGAACGCUGUGACGCACGACGUGCUGCUCGCGGCCAGGGGGCCGUCCUUCGGGCGCGAGCUCCGGAUGGGCAGCCCGGGCCGUGGCGCCUGGGCCGGCGGCGGGAUGCCGUUCCAGCACAGCCCGCUCCUGCUUCGGUGCAGCACCACCCCUCUUUCUCAGAGGAAGUCCCCGCGCGCGAUGUCGCCGCUGCGCCGUGAAGCCGGCGACGGCAACGCUGGGGAAGGAUCGCCCAUUCCCGCCAGGGCCUCCUGCGAGGUCAGCCUCCGGUGUCCCCACUGCGGCGGCCGCUUCGCCAACAACGAUGCCCUGGAAUCGCAUCACCUCGCCAACCACGCCGUCACCGAGUUGGUGGACGGCGACUCGCCCAGGAGGGUGGUGGAGCUCAUAUGCAAGGCCGGGUGGCCGAAGCCCGAAGGCGCGCUGGACCUCAUCGAGCGGGUCGUCAAGGUUCACAACGUGGAGAGAUCGGUGGCCCGGCACGAGGAGUUCAGGGAGACGGUGAUGAGCAGGGCGGCGAAGCUGCCCAAGAAGCAUCCGCGCUGCAUCGCCGAUGGCAACGAGCUGCUCCGGUUCCACGGCACGACUAUCUCCUGCUCCCUCGGCGCCGGCGGUUCGCACAGCCUUUGCACGUCGGGCAGGUGCAACGUCUGCCGCAUCAUCCGGCACGGCUUCUCGGCGACGAGGGAGGCCAAGGACGGCGUCGGCGUGUUCACCGCGUCCACGAGCAAGUGGGCGUUGGAGUGCAUCCAAGAAACUGGCGCCGGCGGUGGCGAGGCCGGGACGGCGGGCGUGAAGCAUGCGUUGCUCGUGUGCAGGGUGAUCGCCGGAAGGAUUCACCGGCCGCUGGAGAACCUGCUGGACGUCGCCGCGCAGCCGGGGUUCGACUCUGUUGCCGGCAAGGUGGGCGCCGACUCAAGCAUCGAGGAGUUGUACCUGCUCAAUCCGAGAGCUCUUCUCCCGUGCUUCGUGGUCAUUUGUAAAUCUUAGAUGUCGCGAUUGGGUUUAGCGAUCAUAGAGAAG